AGAUCUAAAAAAGAAGAUUUCAGGUUGUAUGACAUAGAAAUUCAUUGAUUGUAAAAUUUAACCAUUCCUACAAACAAAGGAUAUAUUUGAAUAGACCUCAUAGCCCAACUGAUUAGUUGCUUGCUUAUCUGAUAAGUUUUACAAAGACAGAAAUUCCAAAUGUUAAAGCAUAAAAUGGAGCUUCCUUUUAAGUGUCUAAUAUGUGAAAAGAUUUGUUCAAAGAAAGCAGAAAUGAAGAAUCACAUAUUGUUACACACGGGUGAGCGUCCCUUCAAAUGUUUAUUAUGUGAGAAAACCUUUGUCAAACAAGGUAGUGUAAAGAUUCAUUUGUUGGAACACUCUAGGAAGUAUUCUUUUUACAAGUGCACCAAAUGUGGAAAAUCCUUAUCAAAUAAAUAUACCCUAAGGAUACAUGCAUUGAUUCAUACAGGAGAGGGGCCAUAUAAGUGCACAACUUGUGGAAAAUCCUUUGCUUACAAAAAGGAUUUUAAUCGACAUGCAUUGAUUCAUACAGGAGAGAGACCAUUUAAGUGUACCACGUGUGGAAAAUCCUUUGCACAAAAAGGGUCUUUGAAAAAACAUGCAUUGAUUCAUACAGGAGAGAGGCCAUAUAAGUGUACCACAUGUGGAAAAUCCUAUUCACAAAAAGGGUCUUUGAAAGUACAUGCAUUGAUACAUACAGGAGAGAGGCCAUAUAAGUGUACCACAUGUGGAAAAUCCUGUACAGGCAAAGGGGAUUUGAAACUACAUGCAUUGAUUCAUACUGGAGAGAUGCCAUAUAAGUGUACCACAUGUGGAAAAUCCUAUUCAAAAAAAGGGACUUUGAAACAACAUGCAUUGAUACAUACAGGAGAGAGACCAUAUAAAUGCACCACGUGUGGAAAAUCCUUUGCACAAAAAGGACAUUUGAAUCUUCAUGCACUGAUUCAUACAGGAGAGAGGCCAUAUAAGUGCACCACGUGUGGAAAAUCCUUUACACGUAAAGGGGAUCUGAACCAACAUGCAUUGAUUCAUACAGGAGAGAGGCCAUAUAAAUGCACCACGUGUGGAAAAUCCUUUGCACAAAAAGAGUAUUUGAAACAACAUGCAUUAAUUCAUACAGGAGAGAGGCCAUAUAAAUGCACCACGUGUGGAAAAUCCUUUGCACAAAAAGAGUAUUUGAAAAAACAUGCAUUGAUUCAUACAGGAGAGAGGCCAUAUAAGUGCACCACAUGUGGAAAAUCCUUUGCACACAAAAGAAGUUAUAAACGACAUGCAUUUAUUCAUACAGGAGAGAGGCCAUAUAAGUGUACCACUUGUGGAAAAUCCUUUUCAGGAAAAGGAAUUUUUAAACGACAUGCAUUGAUUCAUACAGGAGAGAUGCCAUAUAAGUGUACCACAUGUGGAAAAUCCUAUUCAAAAAAAGGGACUUUGAAACAACAUGCAUUGAUACAUACAGGAGAGAGACCAUAUAAAUGCACCACGUGUGGAAAAUCCUUUGCACAAAAAGGACAUUUGAAUCUUCAUGCACUGAUUCAUACAGGAGAGAGGCCAUAUAAGUGCACCACGUGUGGAAAAUCCUUUACACGUAAAGGGGAUCUGAACCAACAUGCAUUGAUUCAUACAGGAGAGAGGCCAUAUAAAUGCACCACGUGUGGAAAAUCCUAUGCACAAAAAGAGUAUUUGAAACAACAUGCAUUAAUUCAUACAGGAGAGAGGCCAUAUAAAUGCACGACGUGUGGAAAAUCCUUUGCACAAAAAGAGUAUUUGAAAAAACAUGCAUUGAUUCAUACAGGAGAGAGGCCAUAUAAGUGCACCACAUGUGGAAAAUCCUUUGCACACAAAAGAAGUUAUAAACGACAUGCAUUUAUUCAUACAGGAGAGAGGCCAUAUAAGUGUACCACUUGUGGAAAAUCCUUUUCAGGAAAAGGAAUUUUUAAACGACAUGCAUUGAUUCAUACAGGAGAGAGGCCAUAUAAGUGUACCACUUGUGGAAAAUCCUUUUCACAAAAAGGAAUUUUUAAACGACAUGCAUUGAUUCAUACAGGAGAGAGGCCAUAUAAGUGUACCACAUGUGGAAAAUCCUUUUCACAAAAAGGGACGUUAAAAAAACAUGCCUUGAUUCAUACAGGAGAAAAACCAUAUAAGUGUAUCACAUGUGAAAAAUCCUUUUCAGAAACUGGUACUUUAAAAAAACAUGCAUUGAUUCAUACAGGAGAAAAACCACAUAUGUGUAAUACGUGUGGAAAAUCCUUUGCACAAAAAGGACAUUUGAAACAACAUGCAUUGAUUCAUACAGGAGAGGGAUCACAUAAUUGCAGUAGAACUUCAACAUGUGGAAAAUCUUAUUAGUCCAAGAGUAAGUUGAAGGCACAUUCAAGCACUCAUACAGAAUAGACACUCUAAUGACAAUACAUGAGCCACACUUGAAAAAAGAGCCUCGGUGUACUGCAAGGAAACCAAUUGAGAUAAUCUCUGAUAUAGUGCUUUACACAACAGAUCAUACGGGGAAAUGUUGCUAUUAAACUGUGAUUACAAGGCCUAAUUCUAGAGUUUAAAUUAUACGUUUUAAGAUGUAAUAAUAAUAAAAAAUACAAAAAGUCGGAUUAUUUUAUUCAAGAUUUAAUAAUAGAACAUAUAAGUCAAGGGAGAACAUACAAAACUCCAAGAAUGCUGCAAUAUAUCUAAAAGGUACAUAUACAAGAUCUAAAAAAGAAGAUUUCAGGUUGUAUGACAUAGAAAUCCAUUGAUUGUAAAAUUUAACCAUUCCUACAAACAAAGGAUAUAUUUGAAUAGACCUCAUAGCCCAACUGAUAAGUUGCUUGCUUCUCUGAUAAGUUUUACAAAGACAGAAAUUCCAAAUGUUAAAGCAUAAAAUGGAGCUUCCUUUUAAGUGUCUAAUAUGUGAAAAGAUUUGUUCAAAGAAAGCAGAAAUGAAGAAUCACAUAUUGUUACACACGGGUGAGCGUCCCUUCAAAUGUUUAUUAUGUGAGAAAACCUUUGUCAAACAAGGUAGUGUAAAGAUUCAUUUGUUGGAACACUCUAGGAAGUAUUCUUUUUACAAGUGCACUAAAUGUGGAAAAUCCUUAUCAAAUAAAUAUACCCUAAGGAUACAUGCAUUGAUUCAUACAGGAGAGGGGCCAUAUAAGUGCACAACUUGUGGAAAAUCCUUUGCUUACAAAAAGGAUUUUAAUCGACAUGCAAUGAUUCAUACAGGAGAGAGACCAUUUAAGUGUACCACGUGUGGAAAAUCCUUUGCACUAAAAGGGUCUUUGAAAAAACAUGCAUUUAUUCAUACAGGAGAG